GUCACUAUUCUGUGUUUUGUUUUCGCUGUAUCAUUCAAGUUGAGAAUUUUUGAAGAAAGUGAUUCCCGAGUUAUAUUAAAGAUUCACCUUCACCAUGGCUUUAGCUGAAUUAUGUGGAAUGCAAGAUAAUAUUGUUUCAAAAAUGGACACAAAUUUCCAAGGAGAAAUUCAUCAAAUGAGUGGAAACUUUAUGAAUAAUGCCUGUCUGGGUAUACCACCAAUGAUUAAACCUAUUGGAUUGUCCGCAAAUUUUUCAAGGGACGAUAAUGGCAGAGAAUUGAAAAUUCACUUCGAUCAUGGAACAACUACUUUAGGGUUCAUGUACAAAAAUGGAAUUGUAUUAGCUGUAGAUUCUAGAGCAACCGGGGGUCAGUACAUUGGUUCACAGACCAUGAAGAAAAUCGUGGAAAUAAACGAGUUCUUACUAGGAACCUUGGCUGGAGGUGCCGCAGAUUGUGUUUAUUGGGAUAGGGUAUUAUCAAAGCAAUGCCGUUUACAUGAACUUCGAAACAGAGAAAGAAUAUCUGUUGCCGCAGCCUCAAAAUUGAUGGCAAAUAUGGUUUACAAUUAUAAGGGUAUGGGUCUUUCUAUGGGUAUGAUGCUCGCUGGCUGGGAUAAGAGGGGACCCCAACUUUAUUAUGUAGAUUCCGAGGGCACCAGGACACCUGGAAAAAUUUUCAGUGUUGGUUCUGGAUCAAUUUAUGCAUUUGGUGUCUUAGACUCUGGUUACAAAUGGGACUUGACAGAUGAGGAGGCCUAUGAUUUAGGCAGACGGUCAAUCUACCACGCAACACACAGAGAUUCAGCUUCAGGAGGUAUUAUAAGGGUAUAUCAUGUAACCAAGGAUGGAUGGGUCCAUAUUGAUAAUAACGAUUGCAAUGACCUUCAUUAUAAAUAUUUGGAAGAAAAAAAUCAAGUCUAAGAAUUAUAAUUUUCAAGUGAAUAAAUAACUUUUUGAUUA